CACACAGAGGCAGACAGCUGAGCAUCCACUCAGCUGCUUACCAGCCCCCACACCAGGGACCCAGGGGCCCAGCCCAGCCCCUUGCCAGUGGGGCCAGGUCUCCCCACACCGGUCCCUUCCUCUCAGCUUUCCUUCCUCUCCCUCCCUCCCUCUCUGAUCUCUGUCUUUCUUUCUUUCAUUCUUUCUGUCUCUCCCUGAAUCUUUUUCUCUUUCACUGUCUUACUGGAUUCACUGAGGCUCCAGUUCUGGGGUACUGAGAGGUGGCUGGGGCUCAAGGGAGCCUUUCCUUCUCCAUCCUGGGGUCCAGAUCUACUCCCCAACUCUCUCCACCAGCCUGGGAUGCCCCUGGAGCCAGGGCACUGACCCCUGGGGGCUGGGCAGGAGGCUGUGCUCUGGGGUCCUCAUGACAGAACACUACGCCCACCACUGAGCAGAAAGAGGGGGGCCCUGGGCUGUGGGGGGAACCUGGGGGGCAACCCGUGUCCCCACUCACCCUCCACAGCCCAGCCCCCAGGCCCGGAUCUGGCAAGGGACAGACAUUGGAGCUGCCUGACGUGGGCCCCAAUUCUGGGGGCCCAUGGCACAGAGAUACGAUGAGCUGCCUCAGUAUCCCGGCGUGGACAGCUCAGGCCUGGCCAACUUCUCGGAAGCCGCGCCCCGAGGGAGCGGGGGGCCUGCGGUGCUGCCCCAGGCCCCCUACGGCCCCGCCCCGCCCCCGGGGCCGGCCCGGAGCCGAGCCAGAGGAGGAGACGGACUGAAGAGCGAGAAAGACGAGAUUUACGGGCACCCGCUGUUCCCGCUUCUGGCUCUGGUGUUUGAGAAGUGUGAGCUGGCCACGUGCUCCCCUAGGGACGGGGCCGGCCCGGGGCCUGGGGGCAGCCCUGGCAUGGGGCCUGGGGCCGAUGUCUGCUCCUCCGACUCCUUCAACGAGGACAUCGCCGCCUUCGCCAAGCAGGUCCGCAUGGAGAAGCCUCUGUUCUCCUCCAACCCAGAGCUGGACAACCUGAUGAUACAGGCCAUCCAGGUACUGCGGUUUCAUCUGCUGGAACUGGAGAAGGUACACGACCUGUGUGACAACUUCUGCCAUCGAUAUAUCACCUGCCUCAAAGGGAAGAUGCCCAUCGACCUGGUCAUUGAGGACCGAGACCGAGACGGUGAUGACUCCAUCAUCCCCUGCAAAGCUGACCUGGAUGACUUCCCAACCCCUCACCCUGGGCUCCCCCACCAGAACAAUUCCUGGGUUCGGGACCACAGCGACAGCGGAUCUGUGCACCUGGGGACACCAGGUCCAUCCAGUGGAGGCAUGGCCUCCCAGAGUGGGGACAACUCCAGUGAGCAGGGAGAUGGGCUGGAGACCAGAGCGGCCUCCCCCAGCUCUGGGCCCGAAGACGAUGAGCCUGAUCACGACCAGAGGCAGAGUAAGAAGCGGGGGAUCUUCCCCAAGGUGGCCACCAACAUCAUGAGGGCCUGGCUUUUCCAGCACCUAGCGCACCCCUAUCCCUCUGAGGAGCAGAAGAAGCAGCUGGCCCAGGACACGGGUCUCACCAUCCUACAGGUCAACAACUGGUUCAUUAAUGCCAGGAGGCGGAUUGUGCAGCCCAUGAUUGACCAGUCCAACAGGGCAGGCCCUGGCACAGCCUACAGCCCUGAGCACGGCCCAGCCCUGGGGACCUUUGGCCCAGACCAGAGUCCAGGCCCUGGGCCACCCAUGAGGACCACCGGGUCCAUGGGCAUGAGCGUGAGCCUGGACAGGCAGUGGCACUACAUGUAGGGGCAUCUGCAGCCUCACCCACUGACGCCGGGACUCCUUCUCCGUGGAUGUGGAGGGUCCUGCGAGCUGAGCCGCCCCCCCACACCUGGGGCUCCCAGCCAGGGCCCUGCCUGAUGCGGCCGGGCCUGAUGCCCUCCCACCUCAACGCCUACCUCCCCGGGCUCCCCGGGCUCCUGGGCUGGGACUCGCUGUACACUGAGCUGUCCACCCCUCAAUGAUGAUGAUGAGAACACACCUACUCCAUCCUGCAGGCUCCUCAGAGACUCUGGGCCCCUUCCCUGCUUCUCCCUGAGCCCCAGGCCCCCUCGUGCCCCACCCUGGGAGCACCACGGCCAAAGGAUGGGGGGAGGCUGAGGAGCCGGGGGAAAUGGUCCAGGCCCCUUCCUCCAGGCCUGGGCAGGAGGGGUCCUGGGACACAGACAGGGCAGGGUUCCUGGGGUUUUUCCCUGUCUUCCCCUGGCUCUGCCCCAUUCUCUUUAGUCUGUCUCUGUCU